AUGGAGGUGUCCUGUGAACUUUUCAGCAAAGUGUGUACCUCCUGGCAGAAGGUCCUCCUCACAGCCUCUCUCUUGACCUGCUGGCUCCUGUCCACCACCGCCAGAGUCACCAUCCAUUCACCACUCCAAGUGGUUGAAGGAGAAAGUGUUCUUCUACAAGUUGACAAUCUGCCAGAGAAUCUUCUAGCCUUUUCCUGGUACAGAGGCCUGACAAAUUGGAAGCUUGCAAUCGCACUGCAUUUACUGGACUAUAACACAAGUAUGACAGGGCCUGACUACAGCGAUAGAGAAAUAUUGUACAGCGACGGGUCCCUAUGGAUCCAAAAUGUCACCCAGGAGGACACAGGAUAUUAUACUCUUCGAACCAAAAGUAAGCAUGGAGAACUGGUAUCAAAUACAUCCACAUUCCUUCACGUGUACUCCUCUCAUUUCACCUGUGGGCGUCCUUCCUUCCCUGCCAAGCUCACUAUUGAAUCAGUGCCGCUCAGCGUUGCUGAAGGAGAAAGCGUUCUUCUCCGUGUUCACAAUCUUCCAGAGNAUCUUCAAUUAUUUUUCUGGUACCAAGGGGUGAUUUUGAUUAACAAGGCUGAGAUUGUCCGACACAGAACACUCAAGAAUUUAAGUGAUCCAGGCCCUGCCCACAGCGGUAGAGAGACAGUGUUCAGCAAUGGGUCCCUGCUGCUCCAGAAUGUCACCUGGAAAGACACCGGAUUUUACACCCUACAAACUCUGAAGGGAGGCAUCAUCUCAAAGCACAGUGUGCAUGAGUGUGUGCAGUCCUCCAUCUUAACCUAUUGGCUCCUGCCUACCACUGCCAGAGUCAUCAUCCAUUCCUUACCACUCCAAGUGGUUGAAGGAGAAAAUGUUCUUCUACGAGUUGACAAUCUGCCAGAGAAUCUUCUAGCCUUUGCCUGGUACAGAGGGUUGAUGAAUUUGAAGCUUGGAAUUGCACUGUAUUCACUGUGCUAUAACGUAGAUGUGACAGGACCUGAGCACAGCGGUAGAGAGACAUUGUACAGCAACGGGUCCCUGUGGAUCCAAAAUGUCACCCGGGAGGACACAGGAUAUUACACUUUUCGAACCAUAAGUCAACGUGGAGAACUUGUAUCAAAUACAUCCAUCUUCCUUCAGGUGUACUCCUCUCUUUUCAUCUGUGGGCGUCCUUCCUUCCUUGCCAAGCUCACUAUUGAAUCAGUGCCACCCAGCAUUGCUGCAGGGGGAAGUGUUCUUCUCCUUGUUCACAAUCUUCCAGAGGAUCUUCAAUCCCUAUUCUGGUACAAAGGACUGACUGUAUUUAACAAGGUUGAGAUUGCUCGAUACAGAAAAGCCAAGAAUUCAAGUGAGCCAGGUCCUGCUCACAGUGGUAGAGAGACAGUGUACAGCAAUGGAUCCCUGCUGUUUCAGGAUGUCACCUGGAAAGACUCAGGAUUCUACACCCUACGAACUCUGAAUAGACAUCGGAAAAUGGAAUUAGCACACGUUUACCUUCAGGUGGACACCUCCCUUUCCUUGUGCUGUGACCCUCUUGAGUCUGCCCAACUCAGCAUCGAUCCAGUGCCACAGUAUGCUGCUGAAGGGGGAAGUGUUCUUCUCCAGGUCCAUAAUCUGCUAGAAGGUCUGCAAACCUUUUCCUGGUACAAAGGUGUGCAUAGCACUCAGGACUUUAAAAUUGCAGAAUAUAGCAUAGCGACAAAGUCCAUCAUCAGAGGCCGUGCACACAGCAGAAGAGAGACAGGGUACACCAAUGGAUCCCUGCUGCUCCAGGAUGUCACUGAGAAAGACACGGGCUUGUACACACUAAUAACAAUAGACAGCAAUGUGAGAGUUGUAACAGCACACGCCCAAGUCAACGUCCACAAGCUUGCAACACAGCCUGUCAUGAGAGUCACGGACAGCACAGUUAGAGUACAGAGCUCAGUGAUCUUCACUUGCUUCUCAGACAACACCAGGAUCUCCAUCCGCUGGCUCUUCAACAAUCAGAGUCUGCAGCUCACAGAGAGGAUGACCCUGUCUCCGUCAAAGUGCCAACUCACCAUACAUUCUGUGAGGAACGAGGAUGCUGGAGAGUAUCAAUGUGAGGCCUUCAACCCAGUCAGCUCAAAGACCAGUCUCCCAGUCAGCCUGGCUGUGAUGAAUGAGUGA